UCUCAGGGAACAUUCUUGGUCCAGAUGUUGGGUUAUUGGUUCUUGAAGCUCUUUACUUUGAACUAACAUGUGUUAUUUGUUUUAGAAACAAGCAGGAUUUGAGCAAUUCAAGAGGACUUUUUGAAGACAAGAUGUCUCGGAGAUUGUGUCAAAGCUCAAAUAGUGGUGUGAACAGUCAUCGUCAACCUCCAAACCAUUCUCGAGGCAGACAAAACCAUUAAGGUAAUUAAACUAACGCCUUCAAAAAGUGCUUUAAGUUUUACAUAUAAUAAUGCAGUUCGAAACUAGCUUGCAUUUUCUUAAUAGAAUAUUUACCGUGGCGGUCGGUAAGUUUUGGGGAUUGGUCUCAAAUGAGAUGUGUAAGAGACAAGAAGUAGUAAAUCACUCGUUUUUCACCGAGGUUUAAAUGUCCUUUUCCUUUUGUAGUUUCUUUCUCUCUUUUUGACUCAUCUUUGGCUUUUCCCAUGAGCUUUUCCAGCACAUUCAUCUGGAUUGAUUAAAAAUACACUUGUUUAUUCUGUGUUUAUUCUGGGGUUUAAUUCUUACUUUCAAAUACUUAUGUGUGAACUUACUCUUAUUAUAUAAUGUCUUCUACCUACUAAGUCCUUUAACGUUUCAUAAUCCUCAUAAUCGUUAAGCCUUGUGUGACUGUUUCUGUUCAAAUGAGCUCAAUCCAUGUUGCUUCUUUCCUUCUCUUGUUUCUCCUCUUGCAUCUUGCUGAUUCUCGUCACCUCGACAAUGUCCACAUUACAGAGUCUCGGUUUUCGCUUGUCAAGGAUCAAAACGUUGUCUCUGGUUCGACAUCUAAAGAACCGGUUAAAGUUUCUCGGUUUGUGCCGGGUGCAGUGAAGCACCACCAUCGUCGUUCACCGCUCUUAUUUGCAGAUUAUCCGAAGCCGUCCACUCGGCCUCCACGCCAUAACUGAAACCUCUCUCUUUAGUUUUUUUCAUCUUUAGUGUUUUUGUAUUUGAGAGAGUACAUAAGUCUUAGCAAUUUUCUUAAUAUGUUUCCAAAUGUGGGAUUUUUUUGAAGUAUAGGUUCAUGUUAUCCUUUCUAGCUGACAAAAUCUAUCUAUUUUGAGUAAGUUUUGCAA